GCGUAAGAUGCAUCUCCAUUCAUAACACAACCUCUGAAGCAUAUCGCUUGCUUUUGGGAGGAAGACGCAUCGUAUUUCUGAGAACAAGUGACAUAAUCCUCGACUGAAAAAAGACUAAAGAUGGAGCUUGUGUCUGGCUACCGAGACAGGCUCAUAGCGUUUUCCGAGACGAUGGCGCAGUGGUAUCGCUCCUUCCAGACCUGCCCGAAAUCACCCCACGACAAGGGAGGCUUCAGUGAUGCUUUUGGCUAUGGCCCUCCUCGCUACCCGGUCGACAAAGCCUGUCCUGUGUGGAUGCUACACCUGUUGGAUUGCACCACACCGCCCCCUUCUGCCCACGACCGCCUGGAACAGUCCGAGAUCGACCCCGCUGAUUUAGCAGCGCGUUGCGAUGGAAGGAGUGUUCUGAUGGUGACCGACGCGUCCGGCCUGCCGCUGGGCUUCGACGUGCUGCCCGUGGGCUGGGCGGGCGCCCUGGGAGGGGGCGAGGCGGCCGGGGGCGACGGCCGGGGAGCCAUGGGCACGACCCACCGCAUGGUCAAGCUCAUACGCCGCUGCAUGGAGGCGCCCAUGAGCGGCGGGAUGCCUCGCCGACCCCAGACCCUCCAGGUCAACGAGAGGAAGCUGCACAGACUGCUGUGCCGGAGCGAGCGCGCCUACAAGGCCCUGAGCCUGGAGCUGAGUGCCGUGGCCCUGAGUGGCUGGGGCCCCGUGGCGGGGCUGGGGGUGGCGCCGGGGGAGCUGAGGCAGCCGGAGGCCGGGGAGCAGCAGCACCAGCCCCCCACCACCACCGCCCCCUUCACCAUGCGCUGGCCCGCCGCCCGCUACUGUCACGUGUGUAAGAAACAUUCCUUCCCCAGCCAGCUGAAACCAUGCGUGCACUGCAAAGCGGUGCUGUACUGCUCUGACCAGUGUUCCCAGUCCGACUGGACCAAGACCCCCGAGGACUGCAGCCACCAGCACUGGUGCCCCAAACUGGCCAUCGCCAUGAGCCACACUGCCCAGCUGGCAGAACUGCCCUUCACCUUUGCCACUGAGGUGACCGCGGAGGAUUUCGAUAUGGAAUAUUUCCUGAAGAAGAACAACCUGGAGACGGGCUACUGGCCGCUGUGGAGCCUGCUGGUGCGCUCCCCCCGCUACGAGCUCAACACCGGAAUGGAACAGUCCAAGGAGCCCAUCGCUGUGUGGCUGGCAGGUCACCUCGAGCCAUUUGGUCCAUUGAAGAAGGAAUCGGAUAUUCUGAUGCGGACGGCGCCCCACAACGCCCCCAACUUGAAAUCUCCCCUUGUGUCCUGGCAGAAGUAUUUCUCGUGGCGUGGUCUGAGUUUGGCGUCUCCUGUGGCUGUGCUGCUCAGCUCCCCUCUCUCCAUCUAUUACAUCAUCACCUCCCUGGUGCCCCAGGACUUUCCCGAACUGAACAUAUUGAAGAAGCAGUCUCUGAAGAUCCACAUCAUCGAGUCCUACAGAGAAUUCAACUCUCUACUGAUGUUCUGGGAGCUGGCUGUGCUGCUGCCCCAGAUGAGUUUUGAGCUGUGCUUCAUUGGGGAGCGGCUGCCACCGGAGAGCGAUGAGCAGCAGUACGUCCUGCAGAAGAAGGACGGCCACGUGACUCUGGUCAGCCUGAGCUUAUCAGCUGAGGAGCGGAUUGAGAAGAAGAGUAUCAGAGUUAAGGUGUACCGACGGGCCUACCACAUGCUACAGGGACCGAAGCCUGACCUGGUCAUAGGAUUCAGGCCAGCCAUUCCACUGCAUGAUUUGUGGCUCAGCACCCUCCCAAGGCUACAGUCCCUGAAGGUGCCUGCGUACUUUUGCGAGUUGAGCGAGCCGAGCUGCGAGGGCAGCCUGCAGAUCAUGAGUUCGGCCACCGGGGGCGCCCUCUCCAGCGCCCACCUCAACCCUUUCCACUGCCCCCUGCGCAUCAGCGGCGGAGACAGCCUGCUGCCCUGGUAUUCCAAUGCCUUCAUCUUCCACCUCGUGUACAAACCUGCAGCAUCCUGCUCUCUCAAGGCCGCUGUGGCCAAUCCACAGCCGGCAGGGCCCGCCGAGCAGCCAAUCAGAGUAGAGAGCCCACCCGCUCCACAGCCCAAGAUGACCCGAAAGGAGAGGAAGCAGGCGGCACGCAACAUACCGCGUAGCAAACGCAAAUGAGGCCGCACACACACAUGACUAUGCAUACACUCAUAGAAGUGUGUGCAUGUCCACAACACUAACACACAGAGACACACACACAGACACAGACAUAAACACACCCACACACAGAC